CAGGAUACAAGGUACAGACUGAACAACCAUUCGGAAGGCAGGGAAGUGUAUGUGGGUUUGUUUGUUUGAGGCUUGAAGUGAACCCUCAGGGUUGAACCAUUGGCAGAGAACAAUGAGGGUGCUGAUUGCUGCCAGCGCUGUGCGGGCGCAGCUGUGUGCUGCUGCAAAAAAGCUCAAUGUAUCAGUGAAGAUCCAUUUCUCGACUGAACCAAGAAUAGAAUGCAUCGCUCCGCUAUUCCAGACCGCGAACGAAACAACCCAGCCCAUACCUACCAAAACUACAGGGAUUAUCCCAGAAUGGAUCAAUGGCAGCCUACUGCGAAAUGGACCUGGCAAGUUUGAAUUUGGAAAUGACACGUACAGUCAUUGGUUUGAUGGCAUGGCUCUGAUGCACAAGUUCAAAAUUCAGAAUGGCUCUGUCACAUACCUGAGCAGGUUCCUUGAAAGCGAUUCUUAUAAGCAAAACAAGAGUGCGAAUCGGAUUGUGAUCUCAGAGUUUGGCACGUUGGCUAUGCCAGACCCCUGCAAGUCUGGAUUCGAUCGCUUCAAGGCUAAAUUCACACUAGAAUCUACUGACAAUUGCAGUGUUAAUUUUGUGCAGUACAAAGGAGAUUAUUAUGUCAGCACUGAGACAAAUUUUAUGCGUAAAGUGGAUCCAGAACAACUGAACACUCUGGAAAAGGUUGACUGGAGUAAAUUUACUGCGGUUAAUGGUGCGACAGCCCAUCCUCAUUAUGAUCCAGAUGGAACUGCAUACAACAUGGGGAAUUCUUAUGGGAAGCAAGGAACUUGUUAUAACAUCAUAAAAAUCCCAGUACAGAGGUCAGGCUCUGAAGAGACUUUGGAAGGGACCCAAAUUAUAUGCUCAAUUGAACCACAAGAAAAGAUGAAACCAUCUUACUACCACAGUUUCGGGAUGACAGAGAACUAUGUAGUGUUUAUAGAGCUACCUUUGAAGCUGAACAUUCUGAAAAUACUGACUAGCCAGAUCCGAGGAAAAUCCUUUGCAAGUUCCAUGAGCUGGGAGCCACAACACAAUACUGUGUUCCAUGUGGUGAAUAAACACACAGGAGAGCCACAUAGCACACAUUUCUGUGCACCCCCGUUAAUGUCCUUCCAUCAGAUCAAUUCCUAUGAGGAUCAGGGCUGCAUUGUACUCGACAUGUGCUGCCAAGAUGAUGGCUCGGCUGUAGGGUCAUUCAUGUUGGAAAACCUUCGCAAAUCUGGGCAAGCGUUGCAAGAGGUCUACGAUAAGAUCAGCCAUGCUUACCCACGCAGAUUUGUUCUCCCUCUUGACCUGGAUUUCAGAACUAAACAGGGCACGGAUAUACGUCCUUUAAGUUACUCAGCUGCCACUGCUACCAAACUGUCUGAUGGAAAAGUAUGGUGUACCCAUGAGAACUUGCAUGACCAGACACUGGAUCUGUGCGGUCUUGAAUUUCCACAAAUAAAUUACUCUAAAUACAAUACCAAGAAGUACCGCUUUUUCUAUGGUUGUGGAUUCCAACAUAUGGUUGGGGAUUCAUUGGUUAAAAUAGAUACAGAGACAAAGAAAUCAAAGAUUUGGAAGGAAGAUGGAUUUUAUCCUUCAGAACCCAUAUUUGUGCCUUAUCCAGAAUCAGUUGAAGAAGAUGAUGGGGUACUUCUCUCUGCGGUGCUCACACCUCAUCAGGACAAAAGCACAUUCCUUCUUAUCUUGGAUGCCAAAGAUUUUACUGAAAUAGGCAGGGCUGAAGUUCCUGUACGCAUUCCUUAUGGAUUUCAUGGUAUUUUUGUACCUGAAGGUAGAGGAAAUGAACACCAGAUCUGAUUCUCUGAUUCUCCGAAACGUCCUUUGUAAUAAACGUCUACGGACAUUUACUAAAAAAAAUAUUAUUAAUUAAUUUCCGAUAAUAAAUAGCAUAUUGGGACUAAA